CUUGUUCUCCAAAAAAGCAAUCAUAACCAAUAAAACCUGAGACAUCGUUUCUCAUUGUUUAAGCCAAAAUAAUUUUUUUUAAAGUAAAAAAGUAAAGAAAAUGAGAGCCUCAAGAAGACUCUUAUGGAAACUGUCUGUCAUUGUUUUGUUGGCACUCUAUUCUCAACCAUCCUUCUCGGAGGUAGAAAACUGCCCUGCCGACGCUGGUUCAUCUGAUACUGGGAACAGACGCGAAGCCGCCGAGCUAAAACCACCAGACCUUAGGGCUGAUGGUGUCGACACCGACCCCACCCCCAAAGGUCCUGAAAUGAAUUGGCCCGGAAAAUGGGAGUUGUUUCUGAAGAACUCUGGCGUAUCCGCUAUGCACGCCAUUCUUAUGCCAAAGAUCAACAAAGUCCAGUUUUAUGAUGCAACCAUUUGGAGAAUUUCAAAGAUCAAGCUCCCUCCUGGUGUACCUUGCCAUGUUUAUGACACAAAGACAAAUGCCAUUGAUUGUUGGGCUCACUCCGUUCUCGUCGAUAUCGAAACCGGAAACAUCAGGCCUCUCGCGCUUUCAACGGACACAUGGUGUUCCUCAGGAGGCUUAACCAUAAACGGGACAUUGGUAAGCACAGGAGGGUUCCAAGGAGGAGGAAACACGGCCAGAUACCUUUCCACCUGCGAAAACUGCGGUUGGGUGGAGUACCCAACCGCAUUAGCUGCAAGGAGAUGGUACUCAACACAAGCCACUCUCCCUGAUGGCAGUUUUAUCGUUGUUGGAGGCCGAGACGCUCUCAACUACGAGUACAUCAAUCAAGAAGGGGUUGACAACAAGAAACUCUACGACUCGCAGCUUCUUAGAGAAACCGAUGAUCCAGCAGAAAACAAUCUAUACCCAUUCGUCUGGCUCAACACCGAUGGUAACCUCUUCAUGUUCGCCAACAACCGUUCCAUCCUUCUUAACCCGAAAACAAAUAGAGUCAUCAGAGAGUUCCCUCAGCUCCCUGGUGGUGCCCGUAACUACCCUGGCUCCGCCUCCUCGGCUCUUCUCCCCAUCCGCCUCGAUGUCCAAAACCCUGCCGUCAUCCCUGCUGAUGUCCUCAUCUGUGGUGGUGCAAGACAAGACGCAUUCUACCGUGCUGAAACCAAGAAGAUCUACGAACCGGCCUUGAAAGACUGCCAAAGAAUCAGCAUCAACAGCAAGAACCCUGUAUGGAUCACAGAGGCGAUGCCAAUGCCGCGUGUCAUGAGCGACGCUGUCCUCCUCCCCAACGGUGAAGUCAUAAUCAUUAACGGUGUAAGACGUGGAACCUCGGGAUGGGGUAACGGCAGAGAUCCACUUUUCUCCCCGAUCAUAUACGCGCCAGACAAACCGUUAGGCCAACGUUUCAAAGAGCUCGCGCCUUCCCCUAUUGCUCGCGUGUACCACUCCAUCGCACUCGCUCUCCCCGACGGUAAAGUUCUUGUAGGUGGAAGCAACACUAACGACGGUUACAAGUUCGAUGUUAUGUUCCCAACCGAGGUCCGCCUCCAGAAAUACUCGCCGCCUUACCUUGACCCGGCUCUCGCCGACUUGAGACCAAGUAUUGUGACCACCGCUACACCGAAACAGAUCAGGUACGGAGAGAGGUUUAACAUAAGGAUCCACCUCAACCAAAAAGAUGUGACGAAGGAGAAUAUUAAAGUAACAAUGUCGGCACCACCGUUUACUACACAUGCUGUGUCGAUGAACAUGAGGUUGCUCAUCUUGGGUAUCUUUGAUAUCAAGAGAGAGGUUCGCGACCUUCAUCAGAUCCAUGCCAUUGCUCCUCCGAGUGGAAAGGUUGCUCCUCCUGGCUAUUAUCUUCUCUUUGUUGUCUACAAUGGUGUGCCGAGCGUUGGAGAAUGGAUCCAAAUCGUCUGAUUUUAGUUUUCCUAUAAGGAUAAUAAUAACGACCAUAUUUUUGAUACGAACCCCUCACCCAUAAUUUAUGUAAAAUAAAACCAUCUUUUUGCUUAUUGUGAAUAAUACAUUUUUGACACUUUUAAAUUAUUAAUGUACGUUUUUCUGAUUGAAAUAAGAGAAUUGAGAAAAACGUUGCCAUGUAUAUGGGAAAUAAUUUGUAGAAAGUAGUUACCUCACAUUUUAUACUAUUUUGUAAUAAAUUGUUACGAUGUUUUUGAUUGAAUGUAUUUAUGAAAAGUGAUAUUCAAUUUAGCGUAUUUCAAGUAAUUUUUUAAAAUAUUAAUUAGUCGUAUGAAUUUUAUUACCCAACUUUUGAUUACGUUUAUUUGAUCCAACAACUAUACAUAUGGAAGAAUUAUAAAAGCUCAUCAUAUCUAUAUACUAUAUUAAAAAGAUUAUAUAAUCAACAGGGAGAGUGUCCACGUCGACAUAUAAAUUCAACCAAUGUGGUGUGUUUGUUUGUCCACCUCAGUUACGUUUUGGGCUUUUGAGUUCUGAGAUUAGCUGGGCCUUAAGCGUCGUUUUGAUACUAGGUUUGAACUUGCUUUCAUCUCCGACGGAACCUGAGUUCUGAGAACGUGUUUCAUCUUCUUCCUUAGAAUUCGAAAAGCUACCAGUAAGUCCUUAUUAAAUCCAUCACCGACGAUCUACGAUCUUCCCUCAUGCAAGGAGGUGGAACUGCGACUAUAAAAAUUGAUUGGAGAGCAGUUUCAUUUAACUUCGAUAUAUGACAGUGACAAUGAUUGCGGCUGUAUCAACAUCGAUGAAGGAGUUCCCGUGAUCGGAAUGGAGUACAAACUGUCUCAGGUGUUGCAGUUCUCUUGGUCAUCAUUGAAAAAGUCAAGUAUAAAUAAACAUUGAUAAAGAAAUAAGCUUUCCAUCGACUAUCAAAUUAUUUUUUUCAGGAAUACUUUACUGACCUGAAGGCGUUGAAGCCAAACUAUGGCAGGUACCAGAGACGCUUCCAGAAUAAGCACUCUCUAAGAUGAGCACACCACCAAAGAGUGAAUCACCAAUCAUCACACCUGACGAACUAACUGAAGCUGAUGGGUUCGUCUUUGGAUUCCCAACAAGGUACGGCAUGAUGGCUGCUCAGCUCAAAGUCUUCUUGGACACUACCGGUGGACUCCGGAGAACUCAGUCACUUGCUGGUAAACCAGCUGGAUCUUCUACAGCAGUGGCUCUCAAGGUGGUAGCCAAGAAACCACUGCGUAAGUUCCCAUGAAACCAUGAGAGUCGUGAGCCGUAGUUUGUCAAUAAUAAAGUAGAUGUUUUUUUCUCAAGUCAUGUUCACGCAUACGUGAGGUCAGUAAGUACACAAAACUUUAGCUCAUUAUGUCUCCGUUUAAACUAUAGAUUAUGAUAAUUUUUUGAGCUUCUGUGAAA